UAAUAUUCAAGUCGUCGUUCUUGAGUAAGAUGGAGUUGCAUGGUUUGUUUCCAAAACUAUUACUUGAGCCGCAACUUCUAAUCGCAAAUGAUUGCUGGUUCCUUACCUGAAGACGUUUCACAAAUGUUGUUUACUUUGAAAGAACUCGGAUGUAUCGUUCUCACUGGCAAUCACCAUUAAUUUCAUGAAGAGGUAUACAUGGUAAUAGAAUGGCAACGAUACCAGAGGAAGAGCCACACCCACUUGCCCCUACACCAACCCCACAACCACCACCACCACCACCACCACCUGAACCCGAAUUACCCCCGUACGCCAGAGUCGAUCCUAACAAGACCCCAACGCGUCCCGACUUGGGAUCUCCUCCACCGUAUGCAAGUGUGGUACCUGAAACAUACACGAACAAUGCAUACGAAGGUGAAGGUCGAUGUAAUUAUUAUCAAGGUCAUCCACAAGGUCAAGGUCAUUCUCAAGGUCAACCUCAAUGUCAUGGACACUCUCACAGAGGACCACCGUUUCCUAGAUAUCAUCAUCAUCCGCACAGACAUGGCUGGAUGGACCAAUCCGAGGCCAUGCACGAUCUCGACGUCGACCACGGAUUGUCGACGUCAUUCCAACAAUACAAUCACUGCUCCUACGAUGGCAUCAAUAUGUCAUAUCCGCCACACGUGACGAUUAUCCGUGACAGCCAAGUCGGUGCGCCGGUUAAUGUGAACUGCUUAUUCGGUUUCGGAUCUUUCAUUCUCUGUUGCUGCUGCGUGCCGUUUGGAAUAGCAGCACUCAUCAAAGCAGUAGAGGCUCGAAACAGACUUUUAGCCGGGGACGCCGCCGGGGCCAGGAGAGCUGCGACAUCGUCGAGAAUGUGGGCUGGAUCGGGGCUACUGAUUGGUGCAGUGUUCCAGCUCUCACUUGUAUUCUACAUAUUUUAUCAUAAUACAUAAACACUGUAAAAACUGCAGUGUUAAAACUGA